AUACGUACAUACGAGUACAUAGAAGCCAAUUCCGACAUUCCAUUUUCAAGGUCUCAUUCAGCCAUUCAGAGUUGGCUUGGUCAGAGCAUUCUGAUCACAGGAUUGAAUUAGUUUACCAAAUCCAAAUGAGACGCGAAUAUGUCUCGAGAUCUCUGUGAGUGGUUCAUCCAACGUUCAACGGUGGCAGACCAAGAUGUCAAUUAAAAAAAGGCGUUAAGGGCGACCAACAGGUAGUUGCAAUAGUGGCAGAAAUGGUGCUCAUUGAAUGCCCAUAGCAACGUCCACAGGUCAGGAGGCUGACCAGCGCUGCCCCGACCAUUCCAGCUACCUGUCUUGGCCACCUCAAACCAUCCAUUUGUUUCUCUGAGCAGUGAUUGGGAGUUGCUUUUUCUCAGAAGGGCAGGUUCAAACCCCCUUCCCCAUUCAUGAAAGAAUUGCAGUGAGAUUUCUCUUCAACUAUGUCCCAAUAUUGUAGUGUGUUUUCCUUGUGCUUUGCGGCCAUGGCCGCCAUGUGUUCAGUGGCCUGUUUAUCCAUUGCCUUUUCGACGGAUAACUGGCAACAUAUCUCCGUGGAUCGGGCGUUCCUCAGGGCUCAAUUGCCGCUUCAAGAAGACCACAGGCUCUUGAAGCACUUCGAGGAGGACUUUGAGUACUUCGACCGGGUCCAAGGCAUGUUCAGGGUGUGCUUUCCGCAUGAAGAGAAGCCUCCCUAUAGUGACCUGUAUUUGAACCCUGUCGAGGAGUGGUGUGCCAACAUUGAUUACUAUGUCAAGCUCUUGGAGUACGGGCUACUACCUGCACGACUGACUUCUCAUGCGGAGACAUGGUUCCACUUAGCCCGAUCUUCAAUUGCCGCCUUUUGCCUGUAUUUCAUGUGGAUGGGCAUUGGCUGCGUUACCGGACUUCUAGGCUGUUGGAAGGCCUCCGGUGACCACUUGAUCUCGACGGCCAUUGUCUUGCUCCUCGCCAGUAUGAGCGGGGGAGCCGGAAUGGGCUUAUGGCAUUGGGCCAAGUUCUAUGAACUGGAGAAGGUCCAUGACGAACGCCUCGGGUUCUUUCUGUCUUGGCCCGAGAUACUGCAAGACGCGACGGCCUUUACUCUGGGGUGGUCGUACAUCAUAGCCUGGAUCGGCGUGGGCUUGUCCAUGAUUGCCAGUGUGCUCUUUAUGGGCUCAGCCGUCUGCUUCAAGAUCGAAUUCCGGGAAUUGGAACAACGCGAAAUGAUGCUCCGCCUCCAGAUGGCAUAUCCCACGCACUCCAUUUUGAAGCAACCUAACGGCAGUUGCAGUAUCCCGCCAACGCCACUGAGCCGGAGAAGCUCAAUGUACUCGCAACAUUAUUUUCCCGUUGGAUAUCCAAUCCAAGAUGAUAUUUUGAAUGAUACAAGAACCCUUCAGUACAAGAACGUUGUCAAAGAGCUCGAGGACUCCAAAGUUUAACAUGCUUCAAAAGCUCAAUCAACCUCAAACCAAAAUUUAGUAAACCAUAUCAAAAGCAAACCGAAUUGGGCUUGAUUUAU